AUGCCAAACGACGCAAACGCACUGAACCAGUUGUUGUCCUCGGACCAGGCCGACCUACUCAAUGCCAUUGAUCGGUUGCGAGACCAUGGUUUGCAACGCGAGCUCGACCUACCGCAGCUCAUUGUCUGUGGCAACCAGUCUGCUGGCAAGAGCUCUGUCUUGGAGGCUAUUUCGCGUGUACGCUUCCCUGCUGGCGACAAAUGUGUGACUCGAUUUGCCCUAGAAAUUGUGCUUCGUCGAGCACCAGCGGAGAGCAUGAGAGUGAGCCUUGUAGCUGCUAAUGAUAAGGACAAAGACUACGUCAGUGCUUUCGACGCCGAACUGCCAAAGCUUGAGGAUUUCGCAGAUGUUGUUGCCAAAGCAUCCGAACACCUGCUCGCUUCCCGUGCAGUGGAUGAACCAAGUGGUUAUUCCAAGCACAAGCUGCGGGUUGAAAUCUCCGGACCGAAGCAAAUCAAUGUCACGCUUGUGGACCUUCCUGGACUCAUCCAGGCUACGUCUAGCGAGCAAGGCGACGGCGAUAUUGCGCUCGUACAAUCUAUCAGUGAGCGCUAUAUGCAGAGCCCGAAGUCGAUCAUUCUUGCAGUAAUGGAGGCGCCGGUAGACGCUGAAACCCAACCAAUUUUCCAACUCGCCCGCCGUGUCGACCCCAAAGGUGAGCGUACCCUUGGUAUCUUGACAAAGCCAGAUCGCCUUGAGCUCGGCAAAGAAGGACGCAUCUUACGUCUAAUCCGCAAUGAAGACAUUCCACUUGCUCUUGGCUGGCAUGUUGUCAAAAACCGCGAGCAUGCUAAGCGUGACGUUUCGCCUGAAAAGCGCGAUGCGCUAGAGCAGGACUUUUUCAGCUCGGCACCGUGGAUGUCUCUCCCUCCGGACUUGUGCGGUGUGACGACUCUUCGAACGAAGCUUGCCCGCACACUUCAUCAGAGUGUUGCAAGAAGCUUGCCCAAGCUUAUUGAAGACGUAGAAGGCCACAUAAAGAAGAGCGAUCAGAUUGCGCAGAAGCUCGGCAGUCCGCGACCAGACUAUCGCCAACAGCUUACAUUCCUAGGCGCGAUACAACAGCGCGUCUCCAAGCUUGUCAACGAAGGCCUGAAAGCGGAGUACGACGAUGUAUUCUUCUCAGACAUGGGAGCGCUUUCGGGCCAGUGCAAGCCUUUGCGCAAGAGGCUUCGAUACUUGACGGACAUAUUCGCCGAAGAUAUGCAGCAACAUGGCAUGCGCUAUCCAGUGAACGUUGCGGAAGACCCAGGGCGCCAAGCCCACGCUUCCAAUAAGCUCCCUGGCUCAUCCGCCAUCACUAAGCUGGAACGUGGAGACAAGACUAUACCUUUGGAUGAGGCAUCUUAUAUCAUGGCCCUCGAAGCGUUCAUACAGGACAACAAAGGCCUUGAGCUGGACGGUCAUUACUCGCCAUCGCUUGUCGGCAAGUUACUGCUUGUUCAGACAUCGCCUUGGGAGACGAUCACUGAGCGCUAUAUUCAUGACUGCUGGCUCGCAGUCGAAGACUUUUUCCUCCUCGUUCUCGACGACUGCACUAGUAAGCACACAGCAUCGGCGAUCCAGGAUAAUCUCACCAAAGACAAGAUGGAGACGGCUCGUGUCCAGCUCGACUACAAGGUGCAAGAGCUUUUAGCACCCUCCCGCACAAACACUCCGAUAACGAAGAAUCCUAUGUACCUCGCGCGGGAGAGAGCUAUACUCGGCAAGACUCACGAGUGGGGUGUCAACAGCAACGACAGUGCACAAACGGGAGUCGUGCAGCUUCGGGCCCAGGUGCAGGCGUUGUACGAUGUCGUGUUGAGUACUUUCGUGGAUAAUGUAUUAGUGCUUGCUGUGGAGAAUUGUCUUGUCCGGAGUUUGCAAAGCUGGCUCACAACAAACGACGUGUUGGGCAUCGAUGAGAAAACUCUGCAUGCUGUCACAGCGGAGCCAGCACAUGUUGUGCAGCUACGCGAACACAACUCUACGCUGCUCGACACGCUCAGGGAAGUACGGCUGGUCUUUAAGAAGGCCGCCCCGUAUUCAGCCGUAAGACCCGCGCUGUCUUUUACGCAGGCGCCGUCUGUGUCUCCUUUAGAUGCCGAUACCGUAGAUGACCGUCCAUUCGUAGGUGCCGAAGACAAGUCCAGAGUCAACUUCGUACCUGCUGCAGCGGUUCAGGAGUUUUCAGCAUCACGACUGCCAGCUACGACUAGCUCACAACAGUCAGCCACCCAACUUAACGCUAAUGGACACACAAGUCGCCAGCCAUCUUCCGCCCCCGGGCUUGUCUUUCCGUCUGGACCCACCAACUUCACUGCCCAUCCGUUUGCCGACUUCCUCUCAGGUAAUUCAAAGGAAUUCGGAUACGGGAAUGUGCCAUCCAACCGGUCGAACUUCUUCGAUCAGAAUUUAGAUGAUGCAAGGCGCUCUGAAUCUGAAGGCGUGCAUUCCUCGAAAUCGCUGUCUGGCACUCCACGCUCGGGGAAUGGAAGGGAGCCUGCCACCCCAGAUAAUCAGCAUAGACGCUAA